CGCGCGCAGGGCGGACGGUCGCAGCGAGCAAGCAGCGCCACCCCCGAGCCCGCCGCUCACCACAGCACCCAGAGCCGCGAAGGAACCUCCGGGCUAGCCCCGCCGCGCUGACGGGCGUCGCUGCGAGCCAAUGGGCGCGCUGGGAGGCGGGGCAGGGCGGCCGAGGGGGCGGGAUUUCCCGCGCGGCCGCUCGGCGCCUGGCGAGAGCGGCGCGGGCGGCGACGGCGGCCGCGCCUGCGAGAGAGGGCGGGUCGGGGUCAGCUGCUGCAGGCGGGCGGGCGCGGCGAGCUGUGGGCGGCUGCCGUGUCUCCUGCCGCCGCCCUCCCUCCGCCACGAUGCCGGGAAUCGACAAGCUGCCCAUCGAGGAGACGCUGGAGGACAGCCCGCAGACAAGGUCUUUACUGGGUGUAUUUGAAGAAGAUGCUACAGCUAUUUCCAACUAUAUGAACCAGUUGUAUCAAGCUAUGCAUCGGAUUUAUGAUGCACAGAAUGAAUUAAGUGCAGCAACACACCUGACUUCAAAACUUUUAAAAGAAUAUGAAAAACAGCGGUUUCCAUUGGGGGGUGAUGAUGAAGUUAUGAGCUCCACUUUACAGCAGUUUUCAAAAGUUAUAGAUGAGCUUAGCUCUUGUCAUGCAGUACUUUCAACGCAGCUUGCUGAUGCCAUGAUGUUCCCAAUUACCCAAUUUAAAGAAAGAGAUCUGAAAGAAAUACUGACAUUAAAGGAAGUGUUUCAGAUUGCUAGUAAUGACCAUGAUGCUGCAAUUAACAGAUAUAGCCGGUUAUCAAAAAAAAGAGAAAAUGACAAGGUAAAGUAUGAAGUAACAGAAGAUGUCUACACUUCCAGAAAAAAACAACAUCAGACCAUGAUGCAUUAUUUUUGUGCAUUAAACACUCUUCAAUACAAAAAGAAAAUAGCAUUGUUAGAACCUCUACUUGGGUACAUGCAAGCUCAGAUAAGUUUCUUUAAGAUGGGUUCUGAAAAUCUUAAUGAACAGCUGGAAGAAUUCUUGACCAAUAUUGGAACAAGUGUACAGAAUGUUCGCAGGGAAAUGGACAGUGAUGUAGAGACCAUGCAGCAGACAAUAGAAGAUUUGGAAGUAGCCAGUGACCCCUUAUAUGUGCCUGACCCAGAUCCCACAAAAUUUCCUGUUAAUCGAAACUUAACCCGGAAGGCUGGAUACCUUAAUGCUAGGAAUAAAACAGGCUUGGUGUCAUCUACCUGGGACAGACAAUUUUACUUCACGCAGGGUGGAAACUUAAUGAGUCAGGCGCGUGGGGAUGUAGCAGGCGGCCUGGCCAUGGACAUUGACAACUGUUCAGUAAUGGCUGUGGACUGUGAAGACAGGCGGUACUGUUUUCAGAUCACUUCCUUUGAUGGAAAAAAGUCUUCAAUUUUGCAAGCAGAAAGUAAAAAAGACCAUGAGGAGUGGAUCUGUACAAUAAACAACAUAUCCAAACAAAUAUAUUUAAGUGAAAACCCAGAGGAAAUUGCUGCACGAGUAAAUCAGUCAGCUUUGGAAGCGGUCACUCCUUCCCCAUCUUUCCAGCAGAGGCACGAGAGCUUGCGGCCAGCAGCACAAUCUCGGCCACCAACAGCUCGAACCAGCAGCUCAGGAUCCUUAGGAUCUGAGUCCACAAACUUGGCUGCCCUUUCUCUAGAUUCUCUCGUUGCUCCAGACACUCCAAUACAAUUUGACAUCAUUUCUCCCGUGUGUGAAGAUCAGCCUGGCCAGGCAAAAGCCUUUGGCCAGGGCGGCAGGCGCACAAAUCCAUUUGGAGAAUCUGGAGGAGGUACAAAAUCUGAAACUGAAGAUUCUAUUCUUCAUCAGUUAUUUAUCGUGCGAUUCCUUGGUUCUAUGGAGGUGAAAUCAGACGACAGUCCAGAUGUUGUUUAUGAAACAAUGCGGCAAAUCUUAGCUGCCCGGGCCAUCCAUAACAUCUUUCGUAUGACAGAAUCACAUUUAUUAGUCACUUGUGAUUGUUUAAAGUUAAUUGAUCCACAGACACAAGUUACAAGGCUCACAUUUCCAUUACCCUGUGUAGUUUUGUACGCUACACACCAGGAAAAUAAGAGGCUUUUUGGAUUUGUUCUUCGGACAUCAGGAGGGAGAAGUGAAAGUAAUCUGUCAUCAGUCUGCUAUAUAUUUGAAUCAAAUAAUGAAGGGGAAAAGAUUUGUGAUUCUGUUGGACUGGCAAAACAGAUAGCCUUGCAUGCAGAACUGGAUCGUAGGGCAUCAGAAAAACAAAAAGAAAUGGAGAGGGUAAAAGAGAAGCAACAGAAAGAACUCAGUAAACAAAAGCAAAUUGAAAAGGACUUAGAAGAACAGAGUCGCUUGAUAGCUGCUUCCAGUAGACCGAACCAAGCCAGUAGUGAGGGGCAGUUUGUUGUCCUUAGCAGUAGCCAGUCAGAAGAGAGUGAUUUGGGAGAAGAAGGAAAGAAAAGAGAGUCAGAAGCAUGAACUUAUCCUUGCUUUUGGGUUGGUAUUUCCCCCCUUGGAAUUUAUUGACAGUUUCUGUGGUGAAAUGGCACAAGGUAACAACUAUGUUGAAAUAUCAAGGAGACUAAAGUUUAUAUUUGCUUGUUUGUUUUAACUUCAUUUUUAAAAAUAAGAUUUACCUUGAUCACUUAGGUUUGAAUUGAUUUUUUUUCCCUUAAAAAUAAUAUACUAUGCAGUAACAUCAAAUUCCACAUGUCUAAGAGAAACCUGUUCAUCUCCUUGAAGUAGAUUGCUGAGGAAUUAUACUUGCUCAAGCCUUUUUUCCUUCAAAUUGUGAACUUCUUAUCUUGCAUUGUAAUUGGCUCUGACCAUAAGAAAACUUUUAUUCUUCAGCUUCAGGUAUUCAUGGAUAUGCUCCCUCUUCUCGUUAGAAACAUUUUUGCUGGCAGUGAGGAAGCUUUUGACUGAAUUGAUUCAAAACCCUUUAUACAAAGAAUUCUACAAGUUUGCAAAUAUUUUAAUUAUUAAACGUGCAAUAGAACUUUUAUAUAAAAUUAGAGAAAUUUUAGACUUAAGGUUUCAAAUUGUGGCAGGUGGUACUGUGAUUUCAGGGCACUUUCUUGGAUUGCUCACAUUUCUCUGAUGUACUACACCUGAUGCCAGUGGGAAAGAAGCAUAAGUGUCUUCAGUUCAAGAUUGAUACAGCCCGUGGCAUUUAAUUAUCACAUUCUUAGUUCUCAGGUUGGGACUUGAAUUAUUGCUGCAGAGCAGUAAUGGUUAAAAUAAGAUUCUGGAAUUUAUUAAAAGGGAUUUUUUUUUUUUUGUUCAAGUACAUUUUAGAUUAGGACUUAACAUGUAAGAUAUUGUUACAGGAUAACAUCGUAUUUUCUGCAUUGUGUGAAAUAAUUUUUAUUCAAAAUCAAGUGACAUUUCAAAAGAAGUUCUAUAACUGUUGUUUCCUGCUUAAAGUAAAAAAGCCCAAAGUUUAGUUUAGAAAAUGUAAUCUUUUAAAUUUCAGACUGAUAUGCACAGUAUUUUCAUAAUUCCAUGUUUUGAUAAAAUACUGAUCACCACUUUAUAUCCACAAAGGCAAAUAAUAUAUGAGAAUAAUUUGCACUAAUUAUUGUAAAUACUUGUACUCUUCAAAUGAGUAAAAGGUCUAAUUCCAUGAAAGAUUGAAAGGAAUUGAAUGUUUGGUAUAAGAGAGUUGACCAAGGAAAGAUUUUAGCCUGGUGCCUAGGUUAAAAUGACAUUUCCCUAUUGCCAUGUCAAAACUUUUUUUUUCUUUACUCAGACUUUUAAUAUUGCUGAUAGAAAUUAUGUAAAUUUUUUGUUUCACAUGUAAAACUAUAAAGAGACAAGUUAAAUAUUUUGAACAAAAUACAUAGUCACACAUCUAAAAUUUUCAAGAAAUUAGCCACUUCAAGAUGGAAAAGCCCAUUGUUCUUUGAUAGUCUUUUCUUAGUUCUGAAUUAGAGAUGGCAUCUGUUUUAGUCUCUCAAUACAAUGUGGCUGUUUCACACUGAAUGCACACUGUUUUCUGUGGAAGGGAAUAAUUAUAUAUAGGAUCAUGAUAUUCUUUUUAUCCACGUGCCAAAUGGGAAUAAUGAUUACUUGAUAAUAUUAUUUUGAAGUCUUAUGUUACCAAAACAUAUAGUAACAAUAGAAAUUUAUGGAGUACUUUUUGGAGAAAGUUGAUUUUGUGCUUACUACAAGGGAAUGCUUUCACAAUAAUUGUUAUAUGAUUCCUUUGGUAGAAGUUGAAAUUUCUGUGGUCCGCACCUCACUAGUCAUGGCAGGUCCUGCUAUUAAGACCUUUUUUGAGAAUUAGUAAGCUCUCUGUUUAAGUCUUUUGCUUAUGUUAUUGUCAGUUCACUUAAUUCAGAUGAAACUUAUCACCCUACAAGGAAGGUGGUCAGCCUUAGGAGGCUGGUACUGUGCCUGGUAACAAGAUGCUGCCCUUUGUUAGUACUCUGGGUCAAAGUGAAUGCUGGAGUUAACGGCAUUGGCCAGCUUAGGGAUGCUGGAUAGACCUGUAAUUCGUUUUAGGUCAUGAUUUUGAUAGGAAUUUCUGCAAUAACACACCCAUGUCCACAGAUCAGACCAAAGAGCAUUACAACACCAAAUAGAAGUCAUGUGUGAGAUUAACGAUUUUAGGUAUUUGAACUUUUGGUCCAUUGCUAUAGAACUAUAAGAACUAUUCCAUACUGCAGAUAUUUAAGCAUCGACUUUAAAAAACUUGCCUUUUUGUUUGAAGUUUCUGCAUAAUGUUAAAGCUGAUCUUGGUCUGUUACUCUUUGAAAUCCCACCUGGUUCUGAAUGCUUUGUGAGGUAGCUUUCUCGGAUUCAAACUUACACUUGAUGGUUUUUAGAAAUUAACAAAACAUUCUUUAAAAGAAAUUAAGUCUACCUACUAAAGCUAUGUACUCUGCUACGUAUAGGAACAGUACUUUUCUAACGAUGGUAAUGAAGUCAGUAUAUAGGAAACUUAAUUACAGCUUUUCCCUUUAAAAAUUUUAAAACUUGUUAUCAAGGGACUGAACAGAGUCCCCAAAGCCAGUUUAGUUUUUGCCAUUUCUACAAUGAUUAGUUUGUGUUUAAUUUCAAAAGCAUUUUCAGGCUCUAGGAGUGGUAAAAUUAUUACUCUUACGCUUGAGAAAAGGAUAGUAGGGUAUGCAUAACAUUCUAUGUAAUGUACAGUCUUGUGUGGUUAAAGGCAUCUGAGUUAAUUUUGAGUUAUAUGUAGGAACUACAGAUAUUUAAGAUUUGAAUCUUAUUAUAAAUGCUGACAGACCCUAAGAUCCUGUGUAUUGAAAACCUGCUACCUGAAUAAAAUGAAAAUACUAACAUUGGUUUUGACUCCAACCUCCUAGCAUUCAACUGUACUUUAAAUAUUCAAACACAUUGUAGGAAGCAAGCCUUUCCUUUUAUUUUAAGCAAGUUUGGCUUACUCUUCUUUCAUGAAUUUUGUUCUUCAUUAAUAACACAAAGAUUUGAAACUGGAACUAUACUUUUUAACUAGUCUCUUGUGGCUGUACUCAUGUAAUUUACUUCAGCUAAUAUGAGAAUUGGGGAUUAAGUUAUAACGUGCAAAACUGCUUUGUAUAUUUGGUGAUUUUGUAAUGUUAAGUGAAUUCUUAUCUCACUGAUAUUAAUCAUGCAUAUAUACAAUUAAAAAUCAUGCUACAUUUCCCUUUAGAAUUGAAGAACUCAACUUUAUGUAACGGUAUACAUGUGGGGUGGAGAGCUUAUUUUUUUCAUUUUGUCAAAGUAGGUAUUCUCUGAUAAGGCUUCAGGAAAUAUGCUGUUAGGAGAUUUUUAAUGUAUAAUAAAGUCCAUGAUUUUUGUAUA